GUUGUCAUUGCUAGUUUAUAACCUUUGCUACUCAGAGAAAGUUUCGGUGUAAGAAAUGGCUGGCACGGUGGAGCAACAACAAAGGAUGCAACUGAUAAAGGGUGAACGGCACCUAUUUUCAUCAUCUGAUGAUGCUAUUGUCAUGAAGCAGAUCUUGGCGACACAUGCUCCAGAUGGGCGCGAAGUUGAAGUAAGGCCGAUCUUGAAUCUUGUAGAGGACAUCUUGCGCCGCGCCACACCUACUGCAGUCAUGGUACCACAAGCUCAUGAGUUGGAACUGGUGGAAGACAAGGCACAAAAGUAUGAAGUGACCUCUAUGCUUGAGGCCCUUGCAUACCCAAUCCACAGGAUUUCAUCUGAGAUAACUUACAAGUGCUCAGGUGGUGGAGAAGCUCAUGCAACAGCACUAGCCUUAUUCCAAACUCUCUCAACAUACACAUGGGAUGCCAAACUAGUGCUCACACUUGCAGCUUUUGCCGUUACUUAUGGGGGGUUCUGGCUCUCUGCACAAAUCUACACUGUGAAUCCACUGGCCAAAUCCAUAGCACAACUUAAACAACUCCCUGACAUACUUGAACAAACUGAUGUCCUAAAGCCAAGGUUUGAUGCCAUUAAUAACCUUAUCAAGGCCAUGCUUGAUGUCACUAAAUGCAUCAUUGAAUUCAAGGAACUCCCCACUGAGUACAUUCCUCUUGAUUCACCUGAUAUCAACUUGGCCAUGGCUCAUAUCCCCACUGCUGUUUAUUGGAUUGUUAGGAGUGUCCUUGCUUGUGCUUCUCAGAUCAUUGCUCUUAUUGGUCUUGGCCAUGAGUACAUGAGUUCCACAACUGAGGCUUGGGAGCUGUCAAGUUUAGCUCACAAAGUUGCCAACAUUCAUGGCCACCAUGAUAAAAAGAUAUCGAGAUUUUACCAAACACUAGUGAGACUAUUUGAAACUAUUCACCUCGACAACAUGAAGAUCCUUAAAGCAUUGAUAUACUCAAAAGAUGACCUACCUCUUAUUGAGGGCACAACUAAGAAAAGAGUCCGUGUUGACGUACUAAGGCGAAAGAUAGUCUUGCUUUUCAUCACCGAUCUUGAUAUCACCCCUGAAGAGCUCUUUGUAUUGAUACAAAUAUAUAAUGACACACACCAAGGAAAGGUAGAGCGACAUUACGAGAUUGUAUGGCUUCCCAUUAUUAAUCUACAUGUUUCUUUGUUACCAUCUAAAGAAACGACCUUUGAUCAAUUAUCGUCGGUAAUGCCAUGGUACUCUUUGCAACAUCCAGCCCUGUUAGAUAAGGCAGUUGUGAAAUACAUAAGAGAUGUGUGGCAUUUUGAUAAGAAGCCAAUUUUGGUGGUGUUGGAUCCACAAGGGAAGGUGGUGUGUCCUAAUGCACUUCACAUGAUGUGGAUUUGGGGUAGUUUGGCAUUCCCUUUCACAAGUGCAAGGGAAGAGGCUCUUUGGAAGGAGGAGACUUGGAGGCUUGAAUUGUUGAUUGAUGAGAUUGAUCCUACAAUAGUUGAAUGGGCGAGAGAAGGGAGACAUAUCUGCCUAUAUGGAGGAGAAGACAUAGACUGGAUAAGGCAAUUCACAACAACAAUGAAACACAUAACUCAAGAGACAAGAAUCCCCAUAGAAAUGGUGUACGUCGGCAAAAGCAAUCGCAAAGAAAAGAACAAAAAGAUUAUAUCCAUAAUCGCCGCAGAAAAACUCAGCAGCUACUGGGAAGAACCAGCCAUGAUCUGGUUCUUCUGGGUUCGUAUUGAAAGCAUGUGGCACUCAAAACGGCAACACGGGCACACUGUUGACACCGAUCAAAUCAUGCAAGAAGUCACCCAAAUGUUGAGUUUCGACGGCAGUGACGAAGGUUGGGCAGUUUUCAGUAGGGGAUUGAUGGAGAUAGUUAAGUCAUCGGCGAAGAAGUUACUCGAUUGUUUGAAUGAAUUUGAUGGUUGGAAAGGCAAUAUCGAGCUUGUAGGAUUUGUUCGGGCGCUUGAGAAUGCGCUCGCACCGUAUUGGACACAUGAACAUUGCACAAGACUGAUAUUGCCUGGUGAGACCGGAGUGAUCAAAGAGGAAGUUGUUUGUGCCGAGUGUAAGAAACCAAUGGACCAAUUUGUUCUAUACCGUUGUUGUAAUGAGUGAUCAAGUGAUUGGUGUGAUUAUGUCUGUAGUUUUAAUUGUGUCAUCGACAUUAAUUAGUGUAUGUUUGUUUGUUUAGAUGUAAUAUAUAUAUAUAUAUAUAUAUAGUUUUAAGGCAAAGCUCUAAGUGGCAUUAUAACAUACACCUUGUAAGCAAUAUAAAAAACACCCAAAUUAACAUUCAAGCCACACAAGAUUAUUAACAAAUACAACACCAAUACCAUCUUCCAACAAAGUUUUUGAAAAAUCUCAACGAUUUCUAGCACAAAAUCACCCUACAACUUCCAAACCCA